CUGUCUAGGCCCUGCCCCUCCUGCGACCCAGGGUGCUGCCUCCAGUUCCCACCUGUACCAGGAGAAACCGUGUCCACAUCAAGGGCGGGGACUGUCCCAGGGGCCCAGAGCCAAGCGGGGUCUCCCCUCCAUUACCUGCCCUCCUGCCCCACAGUCUUACUUUUCCCACUUCCCUAGGGGCUGUCAGGGACAGCGGCCCCUCCCUCAUCCCCCCAAGGUUCCUCUGUUCCCUCCUCCCCAUCACUAGGGUGUCCAGGACAUUGUGUGACUCAGGAAACAGCUCAGACGUGAGGCUGUAGCAGGCCGAGGAAGAGGAGGACAGGGCAGUGGGAGCGGAGGUGGCCCUGCCUCAGGGAGCUCUGAGGGUCCCUUCCUGAAGAGGGAGAGGGGUCCUGGGCUCAGGCGGGGGCUCUGGAAUGCAGCCCCCUUCCCUGCUGCUGCUGCUGCUGCUGCUGUUGUCACCACCACCAGGUUUCCCGCUUGCCAUGGCCAGAGGUGAGACACAAGGGCCACUGUGUGAGGGCUCCCCAGAACCCUGUGCCAAUGGAGGCACCUGCCUGAGCCCACCUGGAGAGCCUGCAACCUGCCAGUGCGCCCCUGGCUUCCUGGGUGAGAUGUGCCAGUUUCCUGACCUCUGUCGGGAUGCCCAGCUCUGCCAGAAUGGGGGAAGCUGCCACACCCUGCUUCCCACACCCCCCAGCGCCCCCAGCACCCCCUCUCUACCAGCCUCCAGUUUCUUCUGCACCUGCCCCUCUGGCUUCACUGGCAAGAGGUGCGAGGCCCAGCUCGAAGACCCUUGUCCUCCCUUCUUCUGCUCCAAGAAGGGCCGCUGCCACCUGCAGGCCCCAGGCCACCCUCAGUGCUCCUGCAUGCCUGGGUGGACAGGCGAACAGUGCCAGCUCCGGGACUUCUGCUCUGCCAACCCUUGUGCCAACGGAGGCGAGUGUCUGGCCACCUACCCCCAGAUCCAGUGCCGCUGCCCACUGGGCUUCGAGGGCCACACCUGUGAACACGAUGUCAACGAGUGCUUCCUGGAUCCUAGCCCCUGCCCCAAAGGCACUUCCUGUCAUAACAUCCUGGGCUCCUUCCGGUGUCUCUGCCCUGCAGGCCAGGAGGGCUCACGCUGUGCGCUCCAGAAGGGCCCCUGCCCUGCUGGGGGCUGUCCAAACGGGGGCACCUGCCAGCCAGUGCCAGGGGGAGAUGCCAGCCUUCACCUGUGUCUUUGCCCCCCAGGUUUCACUGGCCUGGACUGUGAGGAGAAUCCAGAUGACUGUGUCGAGCACCGCUGCCAGAACGGGGGCACGUGCCAGGAUGGGCUGGGCGCCUACACCUGCCUCUGCCCAGAUGCCUGGACAGGCUGGGACUGCUCUGAAGACGUGGACGAAUGUGAGGCCCAAGGCCCCCCUCGCUGCAGGAAUGGGGGCACCUGCCAGAACUCGGCUGGAGGCUUUCACUGCGUGUGUGUAAGCGGCUGGGGAGGCGCAGGCUGUGAAGAGAACCUGGACGACUGCAUUGAUGCCACCUGUGCCCCAGGGUCCACCUGCAUUGACCGUGUGGGCUCCUUUUCCUGCCUCUGCCCCCCAGGGCACACAGGCCUCCUGUGCCACCUGAAGGACAUGUGUCUCAGCAAGCCAUGCCAUGCGGAAGCCCAGUGCAGCACCAACCCCCUGACGGGCUCCACGCUGUGCUUGUGCCAGCCCGGCUACUCGGGGCUCACCUGCCACCAGGACCUGGACGAGUGCCAAAUGGCCCAGCAAGGCCCCAGCCCCUGUGAGCACGGCGGAUCCUGCCUCAACACCCCCGGCUCCUUCAGCUGCCUCUGUCCACCUGGCUACACGGGCUCACGCUGCGAAACGGACCACAACGAGUGCCUGUCCCAGCCCUGCCACCCGGGCAGCACCUGCCUGGACUUGCUUGCCACCUUCCAGUGCCUCUGCCCGCCAGGCUUAGAAGGGCAGCUCUGCGAGGUGGAGACCAACGAGUGUGCCUCGGCUCCCUGCCUGAACCACGCUGACUGCCAGGACCUGCUCAACGGCUUCCUGUGCAUCUGCCGGCCCGGAUACACAGGCACCUUGUGUGAAGAGGACAUGGAUGAGUGUGGGAGCUCACCCUGUGCCAAUGGCGGGCAGUGCCGGGACCAGCCUGGAGCCUUCCUCUGCGAGUGUCUCCCAGGCUUUGAAGGACCACACUGCGAGACAGAAGUGGAUGAGUGUCAGAGUAGCCCGUGUCCCACUGGAGCCAGCUGCCUUGAUCUCCCGGGAGCCUUCUCUUGCCUCUGCCCGUCCGGCUUCACAGGCCAGCUCUGCCAGGUGCCCCUGUGUGCCCCUGCCCUGUGCCAGUCCGAGCAGAAAUGCCAAGAAGCAGAUAGUGAAGCUGGCUGCCUCUGCCCUGAUGGAAGCCCUGGCUGCACCCCUGCGGAGGACAACUGCACCUGCCACCACGGACACUGCCUCAGGUCCUCGUGCAUGUGUGACGUGGGGUGGACGGGACCAGAGUGCAAGGUGGAGCUAGGGGGCUGCAUCUCCGCACCAUGCGCCCAUGGGGGGUCCUGCAACCCCCAGCCCUCAGGCUACAACUGCACCUGCCUGCCAGGCUACACAGGGCCCACAUGUCAUGAAGAGGUGACAGCCUGCCACUCAGCACCCUGUCUCAAUGGUGGCUCCUGCAGUCCCAGCCCUGGGGGCUACUCCUGCACCUGCCCACCAAGUCACACAGGGCCCCAGUGCCAAACACCUGCUGACCACUGUGCACCUGCCCCGUGCCUCAAUGGGGGCACCUGUGUGAACAGGCCCGGCGCCUUCUCCUGCCUCUGUGCCACUGGCUUCCAGGGCCCGAGCUGUGAGGGGAAGGUCGGCCCAAGCUGUGCAGACAGUCCCUGCAGGAACAGGGCGACCUGCCAAGAUGGUGCUCAAGGUCCCCGCUGCCUCUGCCCUCCUGGCUACACAGGAGGCAGCUGCCAGAUACAGCUGGAUCCCUGUGCCCAGAAGCCCUGCCCACGCAACUCCCACUGCCUCCAGAGCGGGAUGUCCUUCCAGUGCCUGUGCCUCCAGGGCUGGACCGGGCCUCUCUGUAGUAUCCCCCUGUCGUCCUGCCAGAAGGCCGCGCUGAGCCAAGGCAUAGAGGUCUCCGCCCUGUGCCAGAAUGGGGGCCUCUGCAUUGACAGCGGCUCCUCCUCCCAUUUCUGCCGCUGCCCACCGGGGUUUCAAGGCAGCUUAUGCCAGGACAGUGUGAAGCCCUGUGAGCCCAGGCCUUGCCAGAAUGGGGCCACCUGCACAGCCCGGCCCAAUGGGUACCACUGCCAGUGUGCCCCAGGUUACGGAGGACAGAACUGCUCAGAGGAGCUCAGCGCUUGUCAGUCCCAGCCCUGCCACAACCACGGAACCUGCAUCCCCAAGCCUGGAGGCUUCCAUUGUACCUGCCCUCCAGGGUUUGUGGGGCUGCGCUGCGAGGGAGACGUGGACGAGUGUCUGGACCGGCCCUGCCACCCCGCGGGCACUGCAGCCUGCCACUCGCUGGCCAACGCCUUCUACUGCGAGUGUCUACCUGGACACACAGGCCAGAGGUGUGAGGUGCGAAUGGACCCCUGCCUGAGCCAGCCAUGCUCCCACGGAGGCUCCUGCGAGGCCACAGCAGGACCACCCCCGGGGUUCACCUGCCGCUGCCCUAAGGGUUUUGAAGGCCCCACGUGCAGCCACAGAGCUCCUUCCUGCGGCCGCCACCACUGCCACCAUGGAGGCCUCUGUCUGCCCUCCCCUAAGCCCACCUCCCCACCCCGCUGUGCCUGCCUUGACGGAUUCGGGGAUCCUGACUGCCUGACCCCACCAGUUUCUCAAGGCUGCGGCCCCCCAUCCCCCUGCCUGCACAAUGGAAGCUGCUCAGAGACCCCUGGGUUGGGGGGCCUGGGCUUCCGGUGCUCCUGCCCCCCUGACUCUCCAGGGCCACGGUGCGAGAAACCCGGAGCCCAGGGCUGCGAGGGCAGAAGUGGAGAUGGGGCCUGUGAUGCGGGCUGCAGUGGCCCUGGAGCAGACUGGGAUGGAGGCGACUGCUCCCUGGGAGUCCCAGAUCCCUGGAAGGGCUGCCCCUCCCACUCCCAGUGCUGGCUCCUCUUCCGAGAUGGGCAGUGCCACCCACAGUGUGACUCUGAAGAAUGUCUGUUUGACGGAUAUGACUGUGAGCCCCCUCCAGCCUGCACUCCAGCCUAUGAUCAGUACUGCCGAGACCACUUCCACAACGGGCACUGCGAACAAGGCUGCGACACAGCAGAAUGUGGCUGGGACGGCGGCGACUGCAGGCCUGAAGAGGGGAGUGUGGAGUGGGGGCCCUCCCUGGCCCUGCUGGUGGUGCUGAGCCCCCCAGCCCUGGACCAGCAGCUGCCCCACCUGGCCCGGGCGCUGUCCCUGGCUCUGAGGGUGGGUUUGUGGGUGAAGAAGGAUCCCAACGGUAGGGACAUGGUGUUCCCCUACCCGGGGGCCCGGGCUGAAGAGGAGCUGAUGGGAACUCGGGAGCCCUCUCGUCAGGAGACAGCAACCCCUCACCCCCAGCCCCUGGACAAGGACGCAGACUCCCUCAGCAGUGGGUUCGUUGUGGUGAUGGGUGUGGACCUGUCCCGCUGUGGCCCUGACCGCCCUGCGUCCCGCUGUCCCUGGGACCCCGGGCUCCUGCUCCGCUUCCUUGCUGCGAUGGCUGCCGUGGGGGUCCUGGAGCCCCUGCUACCUGGCGCUCUGCUGGCCGCACACCCCAGCACAGGCACCGCGCCCCCCGCCCGCCCGCUCCCCUGGCUCGUGCUGUGCUCGCCGGUGGCCGGGGUGCUGCUCCUGGCCCUCGGGGCUCUCUUGGUGCUGCAGCUCCUCCGCCACCGACGCCGAGAGCAUGGGGCCCUCUGGCUGCCUCCUGGCUUCACCCGAAAGCCUCGGACGCAGCAGGCUCCCCAUCGCCGCCGCCGGCCACCCCUGGGCGAGGACAGCAUUGGCCUCAAGGCACUGAAGCCAGAGGCCGACAUGGAAGAGGAUGGAGUGGUUAUGUGCACAGGCCCAGAGGAGGGAGAGGAGGCUGAAGAAAUGGCUCCACCUCGCAAGUGCCAGCCCUGGCCACUGGGCAGCGGGUGUGGGGAGCUCCCCCAGCUAGCCAUGCUGACCCCGCCUCAGGAAUCUGAGCAGGAGGCCUCCGAUGUGGACACCUUCGGACCUGAUGGGGUGACGCCCCUGAUGUCAGCAGUCUGCUGCGGAGGAGGGGAGUCUAGGACCUUCCAGGGGGCGUGGCUGGGAAGCCCUGAGCCCUGGGAACCCCUGCUGGAUAGAGGGGCCUGUCCCCAGGCUCACACCGUAGGCUCCGGGGAGACGCCCCUGCACCUGGCUGCCCGAUUCUCCAGGCCAACUGCUGCCCGCCGCCUCCUGGAGGCCGGGGCCAACCCCAACGAGCCAGACCGGGCAGGGCGCACCCCGCUGCACACUGCUGUGGCAGCCGACGCCCGGGAGGUCUGCCAGCUCCUGCUCAGCAGCCGACAGACUGCGGUGGAUGCUCGCACUGAGGACGGGACCACACCGUUAAUCCUGGCUGCCAGGCUGGCGGUAGAAGACCUGGUCGAAGAACUGAUUGCAGCCGGAGCAGACGUGGGAGCCAGAGAUAAAUGGGGGAAAACCGCACUACACUGGGCCGCGGCCGUCAACAACACCCGGGCCGCCCGUUCCCUUCUACAAGCCGGAGCCGAUAAGGACGCCCAAGACAGCCGGGAGCAGACGCCGCUGUUCCUGGCGGCCCGGGAAGGCGCGGUGGAGGUGGCCCAGCUGAUGCUUGGGCUGGGGGCGGCCCGCGGGCUGCGGGACCACGCUGGACUGACGCCGGGGGACAUCGCCCGCCAGCGAAACCACUGGGAUCUGCUGAGCCUGCUGGAAGGGGCGGAGCCGGCGGAGGCGCGUCACAAAGCGGCGCCGGGCCCCGAGCCCCGGGUCUGCCCGCGCGCGCGCACCGCGUCAGCAGGCGCGCCUCCGCGCGGGGCCGCGGCCCUGCCGCGCAGCCGGACGCUGUCAGCCGGAGCCCGCCCGCGCGGGGGCGGGGCCUGUCCGCACGCUCGGACCUCGUCGGCGGGCUUGGCCGCGCGCCGGGACGGGGUCUACUCGCGCUGCCCGAACCCGUCCGGCGUUGGAGCGCGUGGGGCCGCAGCUCCCCGCGGCUGGAGGCCGUCUUACGGCACGGGCGGGCCUCGGCCUAACCCCGCCCGGGCGCGGGACAGAUCGAGCGUCCAAGCCGGGCGAGGGGACUCGGUGUCGCCAGACGACUGGCCCUGCGACUGGGUGACCCUGGGAGCCUGCUGCCCCGCCGCCCCCACUCCAGUCCCGCCCCCCUGUCUCACUCCUUCCCCGGAGCGGGUAUCCCCGCAAGUUGCGUGGAGUCUCCCUGCCCACCAAGUAAUGCCCCUAAGCCCGGGAAUGGAGGGUAAAAAAUAGCGUGAAAGGAAAGAAUUCUAAAAAUGAUCGUCGAGGGCCGGGAAUAUAGCUCAGCUGCACAGCACCUCCGUGGCAAGUGCAAGGUCCUGAGUUCAGUUUCUA